CUCGUACUCCCCGCCGAGCAGGCUCUCUCACUCCUCUUGCUCGGUGCUCGCCGCUCCUCGCUCACAGCUCGCUCUUCGCUGCGCCUGACCUCGCCCGUGCGCGCUCUCCGACUCUGCAGCUGCCCGAGCGCCACUGCCAGCCUGGCCUCGCUCAGGUGCCGCACGCCCGAGCGUCGACAGCACCAUCUGCACCGCUGAGGCACACACACACGCUUCGCCCUCUGCGCUCUCCACACUCCCGCUCGCCUGCCGAUCAUGCCGCCGAAAAAGGCAGACAAGAAGCAGAAUGCGCCGAAGAAGGUCGUCGAGGAUAAGACCUUCGGCAUGAAGAACAAGAAGGGAGCCAAGGCGCAGCAGCAGGUCAAAAUCAUCCAGCAGCAGCAGAGCCAGGCGGGCAAGACGCCCGCCGAGAUGCUGGCGGCCAAGAAGCGCGAGGAGGAGAAGAAGGCCAAGCUCGAGGCGGAAAAGCAGCGCAAGAAGGACAUGGAGGACGUGCUGAUCAUCCAGCCAAAAGUGCCGUUUGGCGUCGAUCCAAAGACGAUCACCUGCGAGUUCUGGAAGGCCGGCAAGUGCGAGAAAAGCGCCGCGCGCUGCAAGUUUGCACACACCAACGACGCCUCGCGCAAGGUCGAGAAGAAGGAUCUCUACACCGACAUGCGAGAAGGCGAGGGCGGCGAGGAGGACAAGAAGACGGACACGAUGGACAAGUGGGACCAGGCGAAGCUCGACCGCGUCGUCCUCUCCAAGCACGGCAACACCAAGUCCACCACGGACAAGGUGUGCAAGUUCUUCCUGCAGGCCGUCGAGGAGGGCAAGUACGGCUGGUUCUGGGUGUGCCCGAAUGGCGGCGACGACUGCUUCUACAAGCAUCGCCUGCCACCAGGCUUCGUGCUCAAGUCGCAGAAGCGCGAGCGCGAGGAGGCAGAAAAGGCGCUGGAGAUCUCGCUCGAGGAGUUCCUGGAGACGGCACGCCACAAGCUCGGCUCCAAUCUCACACCAGUCACGGCCGAGACCUUCGCGGAGUGGAAGCGCAAGCGGAUGGACAAGAAGGAGGCCGAGGAGGAGGCCAUGGCCAACAAGAAGGCCACGCAAGCUGCGGCCAACAAGAUGGCCGGCCUGAGCGGCCGCGAGAUGUUCACGCUCAACCCCGACUUCUACGACGACGGCGACGACGGCGGCGACGAAGAGUUCGAGCUGGCGGGCUACAUGAAGGACUACAACCAGGAGCGGCAGUCUGACGACGAAGACUCCGCCGGCGAGAGCGACGAUGACGAGGAGGGCACGGCGCGCGGCGGCAGCACCAACGGCGACGCCGCAUCGCAGCACGCCGCCAAGGAGCCGAUGCAAGACGCACGUGCGCGCGUGGCAGGCCUCAGCAUCAACGGCGACGAGGGCGAGGAGGAGGGCCGCCGAAAGAACGGCGCGACAGCAAGCGUGUCCAGCUAGGUGCCUGGCCUGCCCGACGGCGCCGGUGGCUCUUCUUCGCACACGCACACGCCCGCUCGCGGCUGUGCCUCCGUUGGGGCCUCGCGUGGGGCAUGGCUUCUGCCCUGCUCAGCCUCGGCUGCUGGCGAGCAUCGACACGCCUGACAAUGUCAUGCCGUGCGACCUUCCUGGCUGCAGCCCACGCGGCGCGCCGCGCGCGAUUAAAGCGGGGUGGUAUUCGUGUGCUGGGUAUCUACGUGUCGGGAGCUUGUGUGCGUGGUGUAUGUGCCAGAAGGGGAGCGAGAAGCCGAUAGGGUGUGAUGAGA